AUGCUUGUGAGUGUUUGUGAAUGUUGUAGUCACACCUGAGGGACCAUAGUUUGUUGCCUUGAGGACUUUUUGGAUUCCUCUCAUCAAGAUGGUGAUGUAUCAAUGUAGUUAACCUUUUCACAUAAAGCAGUCACAAAAUAUUUGUAUAGAUAUAUUUCAGGUAUGAACAAUAUUUGUAUUAUAAUCCAAACCACUAUCUACUGUACACCAUGCAUAUGAACACAUUGAAAUACUGUCGGAAGAUAACAGAUGCUGAUGAACUGCUAAAGGGAAAAUCAAGUUAUGUAUUUGCCACAGCCUACAGUGUGAAGACAAUUCAGAGAUAACAGCAUUGUCACCUCUGUGUAACUUCAAGCUCAGUGUCCCCAAUAAAGUUUGGAGGUGUUUCAAUGGAGAGGUGGGUUUCUACUGCAGUCUAGAAGUGUGGGAUUGAUAAUGCUGAUGAACACAUGAGAGAUGACCAACUCCAGACACUGACUGCAAUGAUCUCCUUAGAAAUCUACUGAACAGGCACUCCAGCUACACAACCCAUCCCUUUCUAUCCAAACCAACUGUCACUAAAUACAAUACUACUACACAAAUCAAUGGAGUUUUCAAGUCUUUAUGUAUUUAAACAAACGCAUGUCUGUUUACACCUCAAGGGUCUGAAAUCUAUAUGGAUGUCAUUUCACCUUUGUCAAAGAGCACGUAUUCAGGAAUUUAUGAAAUAGUGUUCAGAAUCUCUGCCUCUCUCAAACCAAGAAACUCAACUACAGCAUGUGUUGAAUGUCCAGGCAAGGAUUCAUCAUAGAAAAUACUGUGUUGUUAUUAAAAAAAAAAAAUAUAUAUAUAUAUAUAUAUAUAUAUAUAUAUAUAUACGAUUGAAAAAUAAGCUAUAUCUGGAAUGAAUAAAGCAACGUUUAAAACAGUCAGGGGUUGAUAGUGACUGAUUCUGCUUCUCUCUUGUUUGUCAUUGGUUAACCCAUUAAGCAUCUCAUAAUUGGAAGGAGUGCAAUCUCCUGUCCAUUGCAAUGUGUUGUUCUUUGUAGUAACACACUCCAUGUACAGUGCAAUGAAUAUGAGCUGGUGCAUAACAUAUGACAAAAUAAAGAUCGUUAUGGAAAUACACACUCUAGGGUACAUUUUAAAAUACAAUAAACAUGUGAUAACAUAUAAUAAAACUGUAAACAAGUCUUUACCACUGUUAACAUUCAUCAUGUUUUACAGCUAAUCUACACCAGUCCUGCAUGUUUUCUCUAAUCAAAACUGUCAGAAACACAUCAGGUGGCAGGUAACCUAGCGUUUAGAGCGUUGGGCCAGUAACCUGAAAGGUUGUUUGUUUGAAUUGCCGAGCCGACAAGGUGAAAAAUCUGUCUAUGUGCCCUUGAGCAAGGCACUUAACCCUAAUUGCUCCAGGGUCGCCAUUGAUAACGGAGUGUUGGGAUAUGCAAAUACAAUAUAAUGUACAACAUGUGUAUAAUACAAACUUGUACACGUGUGAAGUCUGACAAAUAUAAGCACCCACCUAACUAUUUAACUAUUUAUUUAUUUAUUUAAAUAUUUAUUUAUUAUUAUAAAAUGUAUUUGAAUUGUGAUCUGGUUUAGCAACAAUACAUGAUACAAGUGAAGAAUCUCUCCUUGCAGCAUAACUAUCACUGGUCCAUUAGAGUACAGAAUUCCAUAGUAGUUAAAUUGCUGCUGAAUAGCAUUGAAACCCAAGUAGGUCUACUUUUUAAAGGUUAUUUGUUUCUCUGAACAGCCUUAUUACUAGUGUUAUUGCCAGAGGUCCCUGUUUUGAAUUCAUUUUUAAACUAUUUUGAUAUAGCCACCAGCCUAAGAGCUACAUUAUCUCAUUUACUAUUUAUAAAAUGACCAUUAUGCUAAGAAAAACUCUGGUAAAUACUGUAUAUACUUUUAUAGAACAUAUAAAAGUGUAUUGUACAGUGUGUAUCUGUCUGUGUCCAGAUCCAAAACCCAGAGCUUUCGUGGUCAUAUCUUGGAUUCUAUUCCUAGUGGUGUUUAGAGUUAACAGAGCAUAGGCUGAAAAUAACAGAUUAACAAAAAUAAAAUAAUGUCAUAAAAAAUGCAUACAUUAGUUUACAAUCGACAGAAGAAAGCUCCUUCCAAAGUUACAAGUCGUCCUGCCUUAGCCUGGGUACUUCACUGAGACUUUUGCUUUAUAUACGCUGUAUUUCAGUCUGGAAUCGCUCCUAUAAAGAGGCAAUCAAGCGAUUUUCAUAAUCUAGAAUAUAACCGGACCAAUCAGUGUCCCCUGAGAUUAGCUAUGGUGAGUUUAGCUAUGGUGGUCUGUGUGACUGAAAUGUUGAACCCUAACUACUACACCAUGUUCUAAAAUUCUCCCCUGGGGUACCUGUAUUGUGUUUAAAGGUAGUGCAGCCCAGUCUUUUAGACCCUCUGGCCCGCUAAAUCUAAACUCCUUCUGUUUUAGUCCUUGGCUGGCAGGCCUGACUGGUUGCUGCUUUCCUCUUUGUCUCACAGUGGCAUUGAGUGUUAGGUAUAAGAAAGACUCCGCUGGAAUGAGCACCUCGGCACAAAAAAAAAAAAAAUGAAUAGGAGUUUUAAGUCCCUGAACCCUCCCACUGAGCAGAUAUAAGGGAGAGUGUCAAGGCUGAAAUCUGCAUUCCUCUAAUGUGGUCAUCUGAAGACGGACACCGACUGCACUACUGCUAACCACUCAACCUGAUCGAGCCUGUUCACAAACCAGCACGGAGGAGGAGGAGACAGACACAGUAGUGUGUAAGUGGCGCUGAAAACCUUCUUCGAUGUCUUGAUUCAUUUUAUACAUUUUCAGAUGAUAAUGUAGGACUGACCAUACUUAAAAACAGACAACAUUUUUAUUCUGUUUAUUUGGAAUUGAGGUGGGGAGAAGGACCCAUUUUAAAUAUCCGGUUACCAGGAAUAACGUUCAACAAAGAAAAGUGGGAUCUCUCUCAGAAUUUGAAGGAUUGGGCACCAGAAUUAGAACAUCUCAGCACCAUGGCACUGCUGGACACAGAGUUUGGGGUGAAGGGCAGCAGCAUCAUCAGGGAGUGGAGUGGACAGGUCCAGCCAGCUCUGGUUGCCUUCCUUUGUUUUCCUCUUCUGUCUAGAAGCCUGUCUGUGGGUCAGGAAUCUCAGACUCAAGAGAAGGCUGCCAGGACCCUUUGCCUGGCCGGUGGUGGGCAAUGCCAUGCAGCUGGGGAAGAUGCCUCAUAUCACCUUCUCCAAGCUGGCAAAGAAGUACGGCAACGUGUAUCAGAUACGACUGGGCUGCAACAACAUAGUGGUGCUCAAUGGAGACACAGCAAUACGAGAAGCCUUGGUUCAACACAGCACAGAGUUUGCAGGCAGACCCAAACUUUGUGUCUUUUCAGUCUGUGUCAGGUGGUAACAGCAUGACAUUCUCUAACUACAGCAAACAGUGGAGGACCCACCGGAAGAUCGCUCUGUCCACCAUUAGAGCUUUCUACUCUGCCAACAGCCAGACCAAAAAAGCAUUUGAACAGCACAUUGUGGCAGAGGCCACUGAGCUAAUUGAAGCUUUCCUCAAACUCAGUGCUGAGGGACAGUUUUUCAACCCUGCUCAUGAACUGACAGUAGCUGCUGCUAAUGUAAUCUGUGCCCUGUGCUUUGGAAAGCGUUAUGGACAUGAUGACAUGGAGUUUAGAACCCUUCUGGGCAGCGUGGACAAGUUUGGAGAGACGGUGGGGGCUGGCAGCUUGGUGGAUGUCAUGCCCUGGCUUCAAUAUUUCCCAAAUCCUGUCCGCAGAGUCUACCAGAGCUUCAAAGACCUCAAUAAAGAGUUUUUCACCUUUGUGAGAGACAAGGUGGUGGAGCACAGGGAGACGUUUGACCCUGAAGUGACCCGGGACAUGAGUGACGCCAUUAUUGAGGUAAUUGACAAAGCAGGCAGUGAUACCGGGUUGACGGAGGCCCACACAGAAGGGACAGUGUCCGAUCUGAUUGGUGCGGGACUGGAUACUGUGUCCACUUGCCUUCAUUGGAUGCUUCUUUUAUUGGCAAAAUACCCCACAAUCCAAACCAGAGUGCAGGAGCAGAUUGACAAAGUGGUAGGCCGUGACAGGCUGCCCUGUAUUGAGGACAAAGCCAGCCUGGCUUACCUAGAUGCUGUUAUCUAUGAAACCAUGCGCUAUACCAGCUUUGUACCCCUCACCAUCCCACACUCCACCACCUCAGAUGUCACCAUCGAAGGCUUCCACAUCCCCAAAGACACGGUGGUCUUCAUUAACCAGUGGUCCGUCAACCACAACCCUUUAAAGUGGAAGGACCCACAUCUUUUUGACCCCUCACGGUUCCUAGAUGAAAAUGGUGCCCUUGACAAGGACCUGACCAACAGUGUGUUGAUAUUCUCAGCAGGGAAGAGGCGAUGUAUCGGUGAACAAAUCGCCAAAGUGGAGGUUUUUUUAUUUUCUGCUAUUUUGAUUCACCAGUGCAGUUUUGAGAAUAAUCAGGACCUCUCCUUAGACUGCUCCUAUGGGUUAACACUGAAGCCCCUGAACUACAAGAUCUCUGCCAAACUCAGAGGAGAAUUACUUAAUGGGGCAUAA